AUGGGGAGCCUGAUGCGGAGUUCGUCCAGCGCGUGGCAUACAGCUGGGCGAGCGUUGCGUGUGAUGCGGCUGUAUUCUACGGCUAAGGGCCACGACCGACUCACGAGCACGUCGGCGAUGGAGCACAAGCUGCAGCAUCCUCACCGCAAACUGCCACCUCUGCCACACCUGGAUCGUCCUGUAAUGGAAGCGGGCGAGGCGGUGAGCAAUAUCUUGUACAAUACGCCGCCGCCCAGUACACAGCCGUUUCGGCGUCAUAUUCUGAAUAUGUUUGUGCAGGAUGAGCCGGGUGUACUGGCUCGUGUGUCUGGCUGCCUGGCCGCACGUGGUGUGAAUAUCGAUUCGCUGGUGGUGUGUGCGACGGAUGUACAGGACUUGUCGCGCAUGUGUAUUGUGCUGCGUGGCCAGGAAGGCACGAUCGAGCAGGUGCGUCGGCAGCUGGAGGACUUGGUGCCGGUGUGGGCCGUAGUGGACUACACCAACACGGAUGUGAUUGAGCGUGAGAUUAUGCUUGUCAAGGUAUCGACGCUCGGUCCUGAGUACUAUGAGCAGAAUCACUUGGGUCUGGCCGAGGAGGCCGAGCACGAAGUGGACUAUGCUGUGGCGCAGGCUGACGAGCACAGUGCGCCGCCGAUGCAGCCGGCGCUCACGUCGACGCAGGCGCUCUCCAUCAAGAACGACAAUCUACGCUCGAUUAUUGCGAUUGCCGGGCAGUUCUCCGGCGAAGUCGUCGAUGUGAGCGACGCCAGCGUGAUUGUGCAGCUGUGUGCCAAGACGACGCGCCUCGACGCUUUUUACAAGCUGAUGCGUCCCUUUGGCAUUCUCGAGCUCUCACGCUCUGGUACGAUGGUUUUGCCGCGCACGCCCAUCAAGUCGGCGUGGAAGAGUCUGUCAGACCGCGAGGAGCUGGACCGCCGCGUCGAUAUGGACGCGUCGAUGCUGCCGCCUGGAUGA